AUGAUUAGGCGAGAUGUGUUCCAUAGGCAUGGUAAGAGAAUUAGACUGGAAGAAGGUGGGCCUAGUAGCAUUAAUGAUAUGGAUAAGAAAAUUGGACAUGAUCUAGGAAGAGGUGAUACCAUAGCAGUUAAUUCGGAUGAAAAUGUGGAGCAACUACAGCAGGCUUUAAGUUCACAAAUGGGUCAACCAUCUGAAUAUGGAUCUAAUAUGGAUCUCCUAAGAUCUUAUCUUGCAUUAGGAGAAUUUGAUGUUACUUUUGAUGAUUUCAAUAUCAAUAAUAUAGAUCCAGACUCCUUUCAUCCUACCAGAGCAUAUAAAAGACCAUUGCAAGAACUUAUAGCUCAGUUUGAAGCUAAUAUCUCCAGUCAUAACUCUGAUACAUCGGAUGCUAUAUCUGAUGAACAACCAUCAUCAAAUGAUCAUGUAAAUCUAGAUGAUACAACUCAAUCACCUAAUUCUUAUCAUUCCUUUCAUGGGACAGUUUCUGAGCAAAACCAGCCCAAGCGCUUUAAGGCUUCUACAUCAGGCACUAAUAUUCAGGUGUUAUCUUGGAAUGUUCAAGGUUUAGCUUCUAAAGAAACAAGAGAUUAUCUAGGAUACAUCAUUAAGAUGCAUAAUCCUGAUAUUGUUUUUUUAAUGGAGACUAAGGUGUCAGAGACUAUAGCAAAAAUUUUAACUGAACCAUUUUGUUAUCCCAAGUCUUUGUUUAUUGGCUCAAUUGGUCUAUCUGGAGGUAUGGAAGCCUCAACAAGUAAAACUUCUUUAGAUAAUUGGGUCUGUAGUGUCAUCAAUAGUGCUGGUUUACUGGAUAUGGGAUAUGUGGGGUCUAAGCAUACAUGGACAAAUAGAACUAACGGUAAAGGUUAUAAACGAGCCAGAAUAGAUAUUGCACUGCAGAAUUCUCACUGGGUCAAAGAUUAUCCCAACUCUAAAGUUUUACAUCUUCCAUUUUUAGGUUCAGAUCACUGUCCUUUACUUCUUAUAACUGAGAUUGAAUCUGUUACACCAAGGAAUGUAUGGAAAUUCUAUACGUGUUGGUUAAAGGACUCAACUUGUGUUGAAGUAAUUUCACAUACUUGGGAUACUUCACCAAUAAAUGCACAUAUUAAUACUAAACUUUCUAAAGUCCGUUGUAGUUUGUCAAAAUGGAACAAAAAUCAUUUUGGUAGAAUUAAUAUUCAAGUCCAGCAGCUUCAACAACAUCUCUCUCAAUUGCAAGCUCUUCCUUAUAGUGAUAAUGUUUCUUAUGAGAUAUGUAUCACUAUACAAAAGCUUGAUUAUUGGAAGAGGAUUGAAGCAGACUUCUGGCAUCAAAGAUCUAGAGCUCACUGGAUUAAAGAAGCAGAUGGUAACAUUGCUUACUUUCACACUAAAGCGAAUAGGAGGAGAUCUAGGAAUCAUAUUUCUGCCUUAAAGGAUUUUAAGUCUGAUUCAUUUGAUAUAAUUAAUCCUAUCAUCACACUGGAGGAGAACCAAGCUUUGAUUUCCAUACUAUCUGAGGAUGAGAUAUAUGAGGUGUUGAAGACCAUUCCUAGUUGGAAUGCACCGGGACCGAAUGGUUUUCCGGCGGGUUUCUAUCAAACACAGUGGUUAACUGUUAAAGAUGAUAUUGUUGACUUGGUUCAAACUUUCUUUCUAACAAAAACAAUGCCUUCUCAUAUAAACCAGACAACCACUUGUUUAAUCUCAAAAACCCUUCACCCUUCAACUCCUAGUGAUUAUCGGCCUAUUGGACUCUGCAAUAUCACAUAUAAAAUAAUUUCAAAACUCAUUGUCAAUAUAAUGAAGCCACUGAUAUAUAGGAUCAUUUCCCCAACCCAAGCAGCCUAUGUACCAAAAAGGUACAUAAAUGACAACAUUGUUGUAGCGCAUGAACUGAUCCAUUCUAUGAAGAAAUCUAAAAAGAAGCAAGCUUUGAUAGCGCUUAAAUUAGAUAUGUCGAAAGCUUUCGACAGAAUAGAAUGGUCCUUCAUUGAUAAGAUGUUAUUAUCUCUUGGCUUCUGUGAAUAUUGGAGAAUGAUAAUUCAACAAUGUAUCUCCACGACUUCAGUGUCAGUUCGUCUUAAUGGCAGCAUGUGUAAUUCGUAUACUCCUUCUAGAGGGCUCAGGCAUGGAGAUCCGUUGUCUCCCUACUUAUUCAUCAUCUCGAUGGAAUAUCUUACUAGAUCUUUAAUGACAGCUGAGGCACAGGGCAAACUAAAAGGUAUCCAAGUUAAAGCAAAUUCAAUAACUAUCAAUCAUCUACUGUUUGCAGAUGAUUGCAUGUUAUUCUUUCAAGCUGAGGAUGAUGGUAUUAAUCAGGUGAAACAUAUUUUUCAAAACUUUAGUGAUUUGUCUGGUGAAAUGAUUAAUUUUAAUAAGUCUUCAGCUUUUAUUGCGGGUGAUAUUUCAUCUGUUCAGAAACAGUUUAUUCAGAGUUCACUAGGAGUUAAACAAUUAGUUUCAUCUGAUAAGUAUAUGGGUAUCCCAAUCUUAUUGGGUAAAUCUAAAACAAGCUCAUUUUCAUCUAUUAAAGAUUCUUAUGAACAUAGGUUACAAGGUUGGUACUCUAAAACACUUAAUCUGGCAGCUAGAACAACCCUCAUUAAGUCGGUACUCAACUCAAUACCAACUCAUUAUAUGAGUAACUUUAAAAUCCCGAAGAAUGUUAUAACUAAAUUAGAUUUGAUACAAAGGAAGUUCUGGUGGGGUCGUCAGAAAAUUAAAGGUUAUAGUCCGGUUUCCUGGAACUCACUUUGUUAUCCUAAAGACGAAGGAGGACUAGCUUUUAGGAAUUUAGAGCUCUUUAAUAUUGCUCUUAUAACUAAGCUAGCGUGGAGAGUGUGUACAGAAGACAACAAGCCUUGGACACGGAUUAUGAAGGCCAAAUAUUCUCCCUACUGCCACUUUCUACACCUAUGUGAUUCACCUAAAAACUCGUCUUGGAUUUGGAAAGGGCUUGAGAUUGGUCUUCAAUAUGUUCGUCGGUUUCAUAGAUGGGAUAUUAGAUGUGUAAAUAGAGAUUUAAUCUGGUAUGACAAGUGGGUAAGGGGAUUAAAUACUCCGCCAAUACCAAAAGACAAUUACUCAGAUUCGGUUAGAUUAAUUUAUGUUUCAGAUCUUAUGCUUCAAAACCCAAGAAGAUGGAACUCAGAGCUAGUUAAGAGGGUCUUUCCAACUGAAACAGCUGAACUUAUUCUCCAAAUGCACUUAGUACAAUUUGGGACAGACAAGCUCAUUUGGGAACCAAGUCGAUAUGGUGAAUUCACUGUUAAAUCCACUUAUAAUGAGCUUCUAAGACAAGCUCAUGCCUCUACAAUAAACACAAGUAGUGAUAUACCUAGGGCAGUCUGGAAGCGCAUGUGGAAAAUGAAUGUCCCACAUAAAGUUAAGAUCUUUAUUUGGAAAUGCAUUAAAGAUAUAGUACCCACUAAGGUUAAGCUAAAUAGAUAUAAGAAAGACAUUACACCCAUCUGUUCUAGAUGUACACAGGCAGAGGAAACCUUAAAUCAUUUACUUAUUGAAUGUCAUCACUCAAGAGAAGUCUGGCUUGGAAUGAAUGUUAAUGUUUCAUCUUUACAAGCUCAACAUAUUCAGGUUAAAGACUGGAUUCUUUCUUGGUUCUCCCAGACUACUGGAAGUGCACAAGUUUCAAAUAACUGGACAGCAACAACAAUGAUUACUGCAUGGUUUGUGUGGAAAAAUAGAUGUCUUAAGGAAUUCGAAAAAAAAAAUCAAAAUCUUCACUCGAAAAUUUACUCCAUUAAUAAUAUGUUGAAACUAUGUAUAGAUGGAAACCUUCAUGGUUCAAAACCAUCUGCUGCUUGUUGGAUACCACCUAAUUCUGAUGUGCUUAAGCUGAAUAUUGAUGCUUCAUUUGAUCAUACUUCUACUUGUGUUGGUGUUGGCUUAAUAAUUCGUAACUCUACAGGUACCUGUCAAGGGAUCAAGGGACGAUUCUUCAAUGGAGGAGUAGAUUCUGAACAUGCAGAAUGCCUGACCUUUCAAGAAGCUAUCUAUUGGGCAAAAGAAAGAGGUCUGCAGAAAGUAAUCUUUAAAGGUGACUGUGUAAAUGUUAUUAACUCGGUGAAAUAUGCCAAACCUUCAGUACAUUGGAUGAAUGAAGGGAUUGUACAUGAAAUAAGGCACUUACGAUCAUCCUUUUCUUGGUAUAAUGUUAAUUAUGUAAGAAGACAGGAAAACAAUGUGGUACAUGUUAUUGCAAACUAUGCAAGAACUGGCAGAUACUUUUUUGAUUAUGAUUGUAACAUCCCUGAAUUCUUUAUGGAAGAAGUUAGGAAUGAUAAAUUUGCUGCUGGUAUUAGAUGUAUGUAA